AUGGGGGACCAGAGGCCGCAGGACCGGCUGAGGUCCCCGGGCAUGGACUCCAAGUCCCGGUACUGUAACCAACCGUCUUCCAAAGACUUUCAGAUGCGCAAGCACGGGCGCCUGAAGUUCCCAUCCAUGGACACCCAGAACUGGGUAUUUGUGAAGGAGGGCCUGGACGACUUCCGCUACGGCUGUCCGUCUCCCGAAGACACUCUCGUUUGUCGCCGUGACGAGUUUUUAAUGCCAAAGAAACGUCUCAGAGGGUCCAAAGCUGACCCCAAAAGCAGGCAGAAAAAGCUCCUCAAGAAAGCGGCCCUAUUUUCCAAGCUCUCUCCAGCGCAGCUAGCACGGAAGGCAUUCGUAGAGCAAGUGGAAGCCGAGAUCAUGGCCAAGCAUCCCUUGGCCAUGUACCCCAAUCUGGGAGAAGAUCUGCCUCCAGAUCUCCUACUGCAGGUGCUCGAACAGCUGGAUCCGGAGAGGAAGCUGGAGGACGCUUGGGCUCGUUGCGAGGCCCGGGAGAAGACAACGGAGGUACCCACUGAGCCUGGUCAAUAUCCCUGUGGGGAAUUCUGCCGGCAGCCUCCCGAGACUGGAGGGUCGCAUCUGAGCCCGGAGCUUCCUAGAACUCCGGUGUCCAGUCUCCACCCGCAGCCUCCCAAGACUCGUCCGGGGUCAAGUCUCCGACCGGAGCCUCCCAAGACUCGUCCAGUGUCCAGUCUCCGCCCGGAGCCUCUCAAGCUCGUCCAGGUCAAGUCUCCGCCCGGAGCCUCCCAAGACUCGUCCAGGGUCCAGUCUCCGCCCGGAGCCUCUCAAGACUCGUCCAGUGUCCAGUCUCCCCGGCCCCGCCGCCAGGCCUCCCCCGACCCCGCCGUCCGGUCCAGUCUCCGCCCGAGCCUCCAGACCGUCCAGUGUCCAGUCUCCGCCCGGAGCCUCUCAAGACUCGUCCAGGGUCAAGUCUCUGCCCGGAGCCUCCCAAGACUCGUCCAGGGUCAACCGCAGCCUCCCAAGACUCGUCGGGCAUCCAGUCUCUACUCGGAGCCAUCUGAGACUGGCGUGUCCCAUGUCAGCCCGGAGCCUCCCAAGACUCAUCGGGCAUCCACUCUCUACUCGGAGCCGUCUGAGACUGGCAUGUCCCAUGUCAGCCCGGAGCCUCCCAAGACUCAUCGGGCAUCCAGUCUCUACUCGGAGCCAUCUGAGACUGGCGUGUCCCAUCUCAGCCCGAAGCCUGCCAAGACUCGUCCAGGGUUCAGUCUCCGCCCAGCGCUUCCCAAUACUCUGGUGUCCAGUCUUCAGCCGCAGCCUCCCAAGACUCGUCCGGGGUCCAGUCUCCGCCUGGAGCCAUCUGAGACUGGCGUGUCCCAUCUCAGCCCGAAGCCUCCCAAGACUCGUCCGGGGUUCAGUCUCCGCCCAGCGCCUCCCAAUACUCCGGUGUCCGGUCUUCAGCCGCAGCCUCCCAAGACUCGUCGGGCAUCCAGUCUCUACUCGGAGCCGUCUGAGACUGGCGUGUCCCAUGUCAGCCCGGAGCCUCCCAAGACUCGUCCGGGGUUUAGUCUCCGCCCAGCGCCUCCCAAUACUCCGGUGUCCGGUCUUCAGCCGCAGCCUCCCAAGACUCGUCGGGCAUCCAGUCUCCGCCCGGAGCCAUCUGAGACUGGCGUGUCCCAUGUCAGCCCGGAGCCUCCCAAGACUCGUCCGGGGUCAAGUCUCCGCCCGGAGCCAUCUGAGACUGGCGUGUCCCAUCUCAGCCCAGAGCCUCCCAAGACUCGUCAGGUGUCCAGUCUCCGCCCGGAACCUUCCGAGACUGGAGUGACCCAUCUGCGCCCGGAGCCUCCCAAGACUCGUCCAGGGUUCAGUCUCCGCCCAGCGCCUGCCAACACUCCGGUGUCCAGUCUUCACCCGCAGCCUCCCAAGGCUCGUCGGGCAUCCAGUCUCUACUCAGAGCCUUCUGAGACUGGAGUGACCCAUCUGCGCCUGGAGCCUUCCAAGACUGGAGUGACCCAUCUGUGCCCUGAGCCUCCCAAGACUUGUCUGGUGUCCAGUCAUGGUCCGGAGCAUCCCAAGACUCCUCCAGGGUCCAGUCUCCGCCCGGAGCCUCCCAAAGCUCCAGAGUCCCAUCAGUUCUCCAAGCCUCCCAAGAAAGAACUGCUUGGGGAGGAUACACCAAGCACAAAUGGGUGCAUUUCUGACUAUCUUCAACCUAGAUACAAAUCCGAAAAACUGCGUGAAUUUUUCAAAUGGGCUGCAAACUUCGGAGUUGAUGAAGAAACCAUUUGGAAUCUGUGUCUAUUUCCCACCAUGUACAGAGCAACCCAUGACGACCAAAAGUUGAAGAACAUAAAGGAGUGUUCCUCAGAGCUGAAGUACACCAUGCAGCUGGGUGAAAAAGACAAGGACAAAUUCUUAUCCCAAGAUAAACACCGGGGCAGGAAAUUCCACAGGCGAUCGAAUGUUUAUAUCACUCAGCCUGUGAAGAUGACGUAUGGAGCAUGGUACCUCAAUCCUAAAUUGUGGAAGAAGCGAAGAAGUGAUGAACCUUUGACUGACCCCCAGCUCGCUGUUAAAAAGUCCGACGAAGCUGACAUCAUGGACGAUCUUUAUGCACCAAUCGCCUUCAAAGAUUUCAUUCUAAAAAAGGGCUAUGAAAUGCCUGGAAUCAUCGAAAGGCUGUUUGCGAGGAAGGGAUGGACUUAUGACUCUGUUAAGACCCCUAUUGAAAAAGCAAUGAAACUUUACAAUUAUGAAGACAUCACAAAGUCACCAGAUUAG